AUGGGAGACUCAGUUCAACGAAAUAGCCAGAAUAGGACAGACUCAUAUACCGUUCUGAUCUGGGUGCAUUUCUUCAGAAGGAAAACUGAAGACUUAAAUAACAAACCCUCCAAGGUCAAAAUGAACACAGAUAGCGGUGGGUGUGCUCGCAAACGUGCCGCCAUGUCUGUUACAUUAACAUCUGUGAAGAGAGUUCAGAGUUCUCCAAACCUGUUGGCUGCAGGGCGUGAUUCUCAGUCACCAGACUCAGCUUGGAGAUGUUACAAUGAUCGAAAUCAAGAGACACUGAAUGGAGAUGCUACAUGUUCCUCUCUUGCAGCAAAAGGUUUUAGAAGCGUUCGACCAAAUCUACAAGAAAAAAAAUCACCAACUCAGAGCCAGAUAACAGUGAAUGGAAACUCUGGAGGCACUGUGAGUCCAAUGAGUUACUAUCAAAGGCCGUUUUCCCCUUCUGCUUACUCGCUACCAGGCUCACUCAAUUCAAGCAUGAUCAUGCAGCAUGGCCGGUCACUUGAUUCCUCGGAGGCAUAUCCCCAGCAUGCCCAGUCUCUGGACGGCAGCGUGGGCAGCUCCAUACCCCUGUACAGGUCCUCUGAGGAGGAGAAGAGAGUGACAGUCAUCAAGGCACCCCACUACCCAGGGAUCGGGCCGGUGGAUGAAUCCGGAAUCCCCACAGCAAUCAGAACGACAGUUGACAGACCGAAGGACUGGUACAAGACCAUGUUUAAGCAAAUCCACAUGGUACAUAAGCCGGAUGAUGACACAGACAUGUAUAAUACUCCUUAUACAUAUAAUGCAGGCCUCUACAACUCGCCCUACAGUACUCAGUCACAUCCUGCUGCCAAGACCCAGACCUACAGACCACUCUCCAAGAGCCACUCCGACAACGGCACCAAUGUGUUCAAGGAUGCUUCCUCCCCUGUCCCUCCCCCGCCUGUUCCUCCAGUUCCACCCUUUCGAGCAAGAGAUCGGUCUUCAACAGAAAAGCAUGACUGGGAUCCUCCAGACAGAAAAGUAGACACAAGGAAAUUCCGUUCUGAGCCGAGGAGUAUUUUUGAAUAUGAACCUGGGAAGUCCUCCAUUCUGCAGCAUGAAAGACCAGCCUCAUUGUAUCAAUCUUCUAUAGACAGAAGCCUGGAAAGACCCACUAGUUCUGCAAGCAUGGCCAGCGACUUUAGGAAAAGGAGGAGGAGCGAGCCUGCGGUGGGGCCGCCCAGGGGCCUGGGGGACCCAAGUGCAAGGAGCACUAGCCCAGGCCGAGCAGACCUCCCAGGAUCAAGCACCACCCUGACAAAGUCCUUCAUUAGUUCUUCUCCUUCUUCUCCAUCAAGAGCAAAAGGUGGGGAUGAUAGCCAAACGUGUCCAUCCCUUUCCAGUUUCUCAGGGCUCAAUGGCCACCCCUCCCAUGAGUUAGAUUACUGUAACACUUACAGACAGCAUCUAGAUGUCCCGCAAGACUCGCAGAGGGCCAUUACUUUCAAAAACGGCUGGCAGAUGGCCCGGCAAAAUGCAGAGGUCUGGAGCAGCACUGAAGAGACCGUCUCCCCCAAAAUCAAAUCCCGUAGUUGCGACGACCUUUUAAAUGAUGACUGCGACAGCCUGCCUGACCCAAAAACCAAGUCGGAAAGUAUGGGUUCUCUGCUAUGCGAGGAGGACCCCAAGGAGAGCUGCCCCGUGACCUGGGCUUCCCCCUACAUCCAGGAGGGCCGCAGUAACGGCAGAUCAAGGCUCCGACACAGGUCGGCCCACGACGCCCCGGGCUUCCUAAAGAUGUACAAGAAAAUGCACCGCAUCAACCGCAAGGACCUGAUGAACUCCGAGGUCAUCUGCUCCGUCAAGUCGAGAAUAAUGCAAUAUGAGAAGGAACAGCAGCACAAAGGCCUGCUCCACGGAUGGAGCCAGUCUUCCACCGAGGAGGUGCCCAGGGACAUGGUCCCCACCCGCAUUUCUGAAUUUGAAAAGUUGAUCCAGAAGUCAAAGUCCAUGCCGAAUUUGGGAGAUGAAAUGUUAUCUCCUGUAACCCUGGAGCCGCAACAGAAUGGUUUGUGUCCCCAAAGGCGGUUUUCCAUUGAGUCUUUGCUGGAGGAAGAGAAUCAAGGUAGACACCCUUCUCAGGUACCGCGAAGCUACAAGUCUACAGCCCUGGUGCCCAUCCACAUUGAAGUCACCAGUGACGACCAGCCGAGAACCCAUGUGGAGUUUUCUGAUAGCGACCAGGAUGGAGUUGUGUCUGACCACAGUGAUUACAUUCACGUUGAAGGAUCGUCCUUCUGCAGCGAGAGUGAUUUUGAUCACUUUUCUUUCACAUCCUCUGAAAGUUUUUAUGGAUCCAGCCACCAUCAUCACCACCAUCACCACCAUCAUCACCGGCACCUCAUCAGCUCCUGCAAAGGCAGAUGCCCUGCCUCCUACACUCGAUUUACCACAAUGUUAAAACACGAAAGAGCUAAACACGAAAACAUUGAUGAGCCCAGAAGACAAGACAUGGACCCUGGCCUUUCUAAACUGGCGUUUCUGGUCAGUCCUGUGCCUUUCCGGAGGAAAAAAAAUUCAACUCCCAAAAAACAGAUGGAAAAGGCAAAAUGUAAGACAUCUGUGUUUGAGGCUCUGGACUCUGCCCUUAAGGACAUCUGUGACCAAAUUAAGGCUGAAAAGAGAAGGGGAAGUUUGCCAGACAACAGUAUAUUGCACCGUCUUAUCAGUGAACUGCUGCCAGAUAUUCCUGAAAGGAAUUCAUCACUCAAAGCCCUAAAAAGGAGCCCCAUGCACCAGCCUUUUCACCCACUGCCUCAAGAAGGUGCUAUUCAUUGCCCGUUGUACCAGAACGAUUGUGGGAGAAUGCCUCACAGUGCCUCCUUCCAAGACGACACCAACAACAACUACCACCACCAAGACCAUGACAGUGCACUGAACCUCCAAGACCACGAGUCCCCUAGGAGUUACUCGGCCACACUGACUGAUUUUGGAAGAACCGCACCCAGGGAAAGAAGAGGAACUCCAGAAAAAGAGAAACUGCCUGCAAAAGCUGUUUACGAUUUUAAGGCUCAGACAUCCAAGGAGCUGUCAUUUAAGAAAGGAGAUACUGUCUACAUCCUCAGGAAAAUUGAUCAGAACUGGUAUGAGGGAGAGCAUCACGGGAGAGUGGGCAUUUUCCCAAUCUCAUAUGUAGAGAAACUCACACCUCCUGAAAAAGCACAGCCCGCAAGACCACCUCCCCCAGCCCAGCCUGGUGAAAUCGGAGAAGCUGUCGCCAAAUAUAAUUUCAGUGCUGACACCAACGUGGAGCUAUCGCUGAGAAAGGGAGAUAGAAUUGUUCUUCUUAAAAGAGUUGAUCAAAACUGGUAUGAAGGUAAAAUUCCAGGAACCAACAGACAAGGCAUCUUCCCUGUUUCCUAUGUAGAAGUUGUCAAGAAGAAUACAACCAAAGGUGCUGAGGACUAUCCUGAACUUCCAAUACCCCACAGCUAUUCUAGUGAUAGAAUCCACAGCUUAAGUUCAAAUAAGCCACAGCGUCCUGUGUUUACUCAUGAAAACAUUCAAGGUGGGGGGGAACCGUUUCAGGCUCUGUAUAACUAUACUCCUAGGAAUGAAGAUGAACUGGAGCUCAGAGAAAGUGAUGUCAUUGAUGUGAUGGAAAAAUGUGAUGAUGGAUGGUUUGUGGGAACCUCUAGAAGAACCAAAUUCUUUGGUACUUUUCCCGGAAACUAUGUCAAGAGGCUGUGA